AUGACUCGUUUUUCUGCACUCUCCCUCCUGGCUUUGGGCUCAAUGGCCUUUGCCAGCCAAGACGAAUUCCAGGCCAAGUGUGCUCAAUUCUCUGAUAAGAUCAACCUACCCCAUGUCCAAGUCAAUUUCGCCGAGUAUGUUCAGGGAGGAACCAAUCUAUCCCUGCCAGACAAUGCUCCCAGCUGUGGUGCAUCGUACCAAACAGUCUCUGCGGAUCUCUGUCGAGUUGCAAUGGCCGUGAAUACGUCCAGCAGUAGUCAAAUCACGCUAGAAGCCUGGUUCCCUCGUGAAUACACGGGUCGCUUCCUCAGUACUGGAAACGGUGGUCUUUCGGGCUGCAUUCAAUAUUAUGAUCUGGCUUACACUGCCCAGAUGGGCUUCGCUACGGUCGGAGCGAACAACGGACACAACGGCACCUCAGGAAAGCCAUUUUAUCACCAUCCAGAAGUGCUGAAGGACUUUGCCUAUCGAUCUCUUCACACCGGUGUGGUGAUCGGAAAGGAAUUGACCGACAUCUUCUACGAUGAAGGAUUCAACAAAAGUUAUUAUCUUGGUUGCUCGACUGGUGGUAGGGAGGGAUGGAAAUCGAUCCAGAAGUAUCCCAAUGACUUCGAUGGUGUCGUCGCAGGUGCCCCAGCUAUCAAUUUUGUCAAUCUGAUCUCUUGGAGCGCCCACUUCUACUCCAUCCUAGGCUCUUCGACCUCAGAUACAUUCCUUACCACUGCUGAUUGGGAGCUUGUUCAUGAGGAGAUCCUUCGCCAAUGUGACACAAUUGAUGGGGCUAAAGAUGACAUUAUCGAGGAUCCGGAUCUCUGUCAGCCAAUCCUCGAGACUCUUAUUUGCCCCUCAAAUGCGAAGAACACCACCAAGUGCCUGAGCAGUGCCCAGGUCCACGCAGCUCAGAAAGUAUUCUCCCCCUUGUACGGAGACAAGGGCGAGCUCUUGUACCGAAGAAUGCAACCCGGAUCCGAGAAUCUUGCCGCACCUAUCAUGUACAACGGCGAACCUUUUGAGUACAGCUUGGACUGGUUCCGGUACGUUGUUUACAACGACCCGUCCUGGAGUGGCAAUUUCACCGUGAAAGAUGCCGAGGCUGCGUUGGCCCAGAACCCGUAUAAUAUUCAGACCUGGGAUGGCGAUCUUUCUCCCUUCCAGAAGAACGGUGGCAAGGUCUUGCAUUACCAUGACAAUGAACCUCCCCCCUCUGAACUGGAUGAGUUCUAUCGCUUCUUCACUAUCAGUGGUAUGGGUCACUGUGGUGAUGGAAAUGGUGCUUAUGGCAUUGGUCAAGGUGUUGAUACAUACGCCAGUAGUGAGCCGGGUAGCAAUGUGCUUAUGGCUAUGGUCAAGUGGGUUGAGGAAGGUGUUGCACCCGAGACGGUUCGCGGAGCCAAGUUCGAGGAUGGAGUUGGUACCCCUGUAGAAUACUGGCGCAAGCAUUGUCGAUGGCCCCGGCGCAAUGUGUUCAAGGGCCCAGGAAACUACACAGAUGAGAACUCUUGGGAGUGUGUCUAG